GGCAAAGUAGAUAAAACAUGCUUUUGUACGUAUUCAUUUUCUCACCUAAGGAACCAACUCGAAUAUUACUUGGUCAUGUUUCAAAGAGAAGGAGAGUUGGAACGGGGUACAAUGAAGUUUUGGCUAAUGAGGAAUUUGCUUAUGUCCCCUUAUUGGAAUCUUUAGAACAGUUGCUAAACCAACCAUCUGUUCUUAUACAGGUUUUAAACGGACAUGCAAGCACCGAUGGCUACAUGAGAGAUUUCUGCGAUGGCCAGUUAUAUAGAUGCCACCCCUUACUAUUAAGAAAUCCACAAGCAAUUCAAAUAAUUUUAUAUUAUGAUGAAUUAGAAAUUGUUAAUCCACUCGGAAGUAAGACUGGAAAGCACAAACUUGGUGCUUUCUACUACACAUUGGCCAACAUACACCCUGAACACAGGUCCCAGCUUCAGGCAAUCCAACUGGUUGCACUUGUUACUGUGCCCCUUGUUAAAAAGUAUGGAAUAGAUGCCAUAUUGGAGCCGUUUAUGAAUGAUCUGAAGGAACUUGAGAAGGAUGAGGGGCAUGGAUUUAAAAUUGAUGGCAGAAUACAACGACUACAAGGGACAAUCGUUUAA